AUGGCCGCCCCAUCCCUGUUCGAACCCCUCCAAGUUGGUGACUACACGCUCAGCCAUCGCGUGGUCCUGGCACCGCUUACGCGCUACCGCGCCAGCGCUCUCGAAGGCGACGAAGAAAGCGUCCCUACCGACAUCAUGGCCAAGUACUAUGGCCAGCGUGCGUCGCACGGCGGCUUGCUCAUUUCCGAAGCGUCUCCUAUCGCUCCGGAAGGUCGACCGAGCAUCCUGGCGCCGUCCAUUUACACAUCGCUGCAUGCUGCCCGCUGGAAGCCUGUCACCGACGCGGUGCACGCGAAGGGUGGGUUUAUCUUUUUGCAAUUGUGGCACGUGGGUGCGUGGUCGCACUCUGGCUUGGACACGAAGGGCCGCCCACCGGCGUCAUCAGCCGUCUUCAACAUGGAGCCUGGGACGUCUCUAUUCAACACGCGCGAUGGUCUCAAGCCGCGCGAUCCGCAGACGCGCAUCCUAACAACGGACGAGAUCCCCGAACUCAUUCAACAGUACGUCCGCGCGGCCAAGUUGGCGAUCGAAGCUGGGUUCGACGGAGUCGAAAUCCACGGCGCCAACAGUUACCUCUUGGAUCAAUUCAUCAGCGACCACAUCAACUCCCAACGCACAGAUCAAUACGGCGGUUCGCUCGAAAACAGACUGCGAUUGCCCGUAGAGAUCGCGACGGCCGUCGCCGACGCCAUCGGCGCGGGUCGCACCGGGAUUCGAUUCAGCCCGUUUGUGUCGAUUCAAGGCAAGCAGGACAGCAACCCGAUCCUCACGUGGACGACGCUACUCAAGAUGCUGAACCCGCUCCAUUUGGCGUACGUCCACUUGGUCGAGCCUCGACUUCCUGGCAGCUGGGAUCGUGUCCCGAACCCGGAAGAGCUCAACUUGAAGCCAUUUCGUGAAGCAUACGACGGUGUGUUAAUUGUUGCAGGGGGUCAUUCCGCCGACACCGCGGACGCGGCUGUCAAGAACGGCGACGCAGACCUCGUGGCAUUCGGGCGCAGCUUCAUUUCCAACCCAGAUUUGCCCAGCCGCAUUCAACACGGCCAUCCUUUCUCCCCGUACGACCGCUCGACGUUUUACACGCCAGGUGAAGUUGGCUACACCGACUACAAGACGUGGGAAGAGCUCGACGGGGAAAAGCACAGCGCGGCUGCGACGGACGAUGUCGGCCCUUAA